CAGCGGCUGCUCCUUCGCGUGUUUCUGGCCUCACCGAGAGAGACUUGGGAACAAGCAAAAAGAAAACAGGGGGGGGGGAAACAAUACGAAAACUUCAUUACCAUUUUACACGCGGAGUCGAAAACGAAGAAAGCGAGACCGAUGGGUCGUCCUCGUUCCGGGUUUUUUAAACAUCGCAUUGUUUUGAACGGGAAUCGGAAAACACGCGGACAAGUCCUUUGAAUUCUGCGAGAAACAACCGAAGCAAGUUGCUGCUUUCAGAAAGUCCCCGGAUCCGCUCUGUGCUCCGGCGGUUGUUUAAAAGAGGAGGAAGAAGAAGAAAAGUGGAAAACUCGGUCCAAGUCACAAUGUCUGUCAGCAGCCACGAAAACAGGAAGUCCCGAACCAGUUCCGGCUCCAUGAACAUCCAGCUGUUCCACAAAACAUCACAUGCAGACAGCCUGUUGACGCAGCUCAACUUGCUCCGCAAAAGGAGAGUGUUCACAGAUGUUGUUUUGAGGGCUGGUAACCGCGCCUUCCAAUGCCAUCGGGCUGUCCUGGCCUCCUGUAGCCGUUACUUUGAAGCCAUGUUUAGUAAUGGGCUUCGAGAGACUCGUGAUAAGGAGGUCAACUUCAACGAGACUCUCCACCCGGAGGUACUGGAGCUCCUGCUCGACUAUGCUUACUCAGCCCGAGUCAUCAUCAAUGAAGAAAAUGCUGAGUCACUGCUGGAAGCCGGUGACAUGCUCCAGUUUCAUGACAUCAGGGACGCAGCGGCUGAGUUUCUUGAAAAGAACCUCCACCAGUCCAACUGCCUGGGGAUGAUGCUCCUGUCAGACGCCCACCAGUGCCAGAGACUCUAUGAGCUCUCCUGGAAGAUGUGCCUCGCAAAUUUUGCUUCCCUCUACAGGACAGAGGACUUCCUCAGCCUGCCCAGAGACAAAGUGCAGGAGCUGAUCUUUAGUGAAGAGCUAGAGGUAGAGGAUGAGAGCUUGGUGUACGAGGCCGUCAUCGACUGGGUCAAGGCUGAUAUGGAGCAGAGGCUCAGUGAGCUACCAGAGCUUUUACGCUGCGUCCGUCUGGCGUUGCUCCCUGAAACGUACCUGCUGAAUAACGUAGCCUCAGAGGAGCUGGUGAUGAGCCACAAGGUGGGCCGGGAGAUUGUAGAAGAUGCCGUGCGCUGUAAGAUGAGGAUCCUUCAGAAUGAUGGUAUUGUUACUGGGUUUUGUGCCCGUCCCAGAAAGGUAAACCAGGCCCUGCUGCUCCUCGGAGGACAGACUUUCAUGUGUGAUAAGGUCUACAUGAUUAACAACAAGACCAAGGAGAUCACCCCAAAAACCGACAUCCCCAGCCCCAGGAAAGAGUGCAGUGCCUGUGCCAUUGGUUGUAAGGUAUAUGUUACAGGGGGACGUGGGUCAGAGAACGGUGCCUCGAAAGAUGUCUGGGUCUAUGACACACUGCAUGACGAGUGGUCUAAGGCGGCUCCUAUGCUGGUCGCCAGAUUCGGACAUGGUUCGGCAGAGCUCGACCAUGUGCUGUACGUUGUGGGAGGGCACACCUCCUUAGCGGGCUCCUUCCCUGCCUCACCGUCUGUGUCGCUCAAACAGGUGGAGCAGUACGACCCUCAGACCAAUAAAUGGGCCCUAGUGGCUCCUCUCAGAGAAGGGGUCAGCAACGCCGCUGUGGUCGGUGCCAAGAAUAAGCUCUUUGUCUUUGGAGGCACAAGCGUCAACAGAGACAAGUUCCCCAAGGUCCAGUGCUUUGACCCAUGCCAGAACCGGUGGACGGUGCCAGCCGCCUGUCCACAGCUCUGGCGCUACACGGCGGCAGCGGUUGUCGGCAACCACGUUGUCGUGAUCGGCGGCGACACGGAAUUCUCAGCCAGCUCUGCAUACAGAUUCAACAGCGAGACCUUUCAGUGGUCCAAAUUUGGCGAUGUUACGGCCAAACGGAUCAGCUGCCAUGCUGUGGCCUCUGGGAACAGACUCUAUGUGGUGGGUGGGUACUUCGGGGCACAGAGGUGUAAGACCCUUGACUGUUAUGACCCCUCAUCUGACUCUUGGGACAGUGUGACCAGUGUACCCUACUCCCUCAUCCCCACAGCCUUCGUCAGCACAUGGAAGUACCUUCCAGCCUAAGGAGAUGUGCUCAUGCAUUUGAGAUACAUGAUCAGCGAUGGUGUCUGGAAUGCAGGUGUGUGUCUCCCUUCAAUGGCUGUGGAAUGUUUCGUGGGCACUUGGAGGAAGAGGAGGAGGAAGGGGGGGGCUUUGUAUUCCUGCCGUUCGUCCAUCUAGCCUGAUUCACGUUUUUUUCUGCAGGGGUAGACCAAAGGCCCGGGGCCCUGGAGACGGCCGAGAAACUAGAGGCCUGCAGUCCACCUGCCUGUGGCGUCUCCCCGCCGGAGUUCCUUGUGUAACUUUCCCAUGUAGCGACCACUCUGAGCUGCCCUAGUUGCCAUGUGCAAUGCACAGUACCGGUUACUUCACCAGUACUGUCUAUACAACACACUUGACUACAGCCCAGAGACGGCCAGAUAGCUUAGAUGUGGGCUCUGAGCAUUAGGAAUGCCGGUCUGCCAGCUACCCCUCGGACUUAACUCUGCCUCAAAGGGAAAUAACUGUCGGCACCCUUUCUGUUUUUGCUCCCUGGGGCUAGUAAGCUGUUGAAAAGCACUGACUGUCAUGCCCCAAUACUGCUGAACUGACUGACUGUAUCACUAACUGUGCAUCUGUUUUUGUUUUGUUUUUUAAGUUACCACAGAUUUAAAAGGGACUCGUCAACCUCUUUAAGGACUUAAUAGUGUCGUCACUGACUGAUCAGGUUGGAAAAGUCUAGACCAGCAUUUCCUAACCCAGUCCUCAGGGAACCCCUAUCCUGCAGAUUUUCAUUGUAACCCUGCAUAGGUAGCCCUGCUUGU